AUGGGGGUGGAUACUGAGGAUUCGAGUGAGACAGGGGAAGUCCGAUUUUCGAUCCGGAGACUUCUUCCGGUCCGCGACGCUUUAUUCAGCCACCCAGCCCAUCAAGCCAGCCACUCCAGCAACCCAUGGCACCGCGAAUCCACCAGCUGGUCGUCUUCGACUUCGACUGGUGAGCCAACAGACACUACCUCUACCACCACCGCCGUCCCAGCUGACCUGCUCUCUGGCCGAUCACCACCCGCCCGCAGGUCUCUCGUAGACCAGGACACCGAUAGAUAUCUCUUCGAGGUCUUGGACCCCAGUCUGCGGAUCCUGUUGGCUGAGCGUAAGAGGACUAUGCAAUGGACCGAUAACGUGUUGAGUGUAGCAUCCUAUCUGUUCCAAACGACCACGAAAACCAUGCCCGCCCCCACCACCCUCGUUCUUUUACUGCUCCUCGCCCUCGCCAGCCAGCCCAUCCACGCCCAGGCCAUCCUCAACCCAGCAUCCCCAGCCUCACCCGCCCCCGCCGCACCAGCAGCCUCGCCCAGCCCAGCCCCCACCAGCCCAUCCCCCCCACCCGCCGAGGCCAACCCCCCCGCACCCCCAGAGCCCAGCCAGUCAUCCACCACCAAUGCCGCCCCCGCCGCACCCACCAGCAGCCCCGUGCCCGCGAACAACAGCCCAGCCAGCUCAUCCGUCCAGUCCGCCAACUCGCAGACCAACUCCCCGGCCUCCUCGAUUGUCAUCGUCACCCUGACCCGGACGGGCGCCGACGGCCAGGUCUACACCUCGCUUACCUCCACCUACAGCCCCCUCGCCCGGCCCUCCUCGACCCCCAACAACAACGGCUCCGCCUCUGGAUCCUCCUCCAACACCUGGGCUAUCAUCGGCGGCAUCGUCGGCGGGCUCGCCGGGAUCGCCGCCGUCGUCUUCAUCGUCUUCAGAUGCACCCAGCGCCGCUUCUCCGACCUCGACGACGAGGACGUGGCUAUCAAGUGGCCCGAACUCGUCAACCGCGCCGAAGACCCCUCCACCCUCAACCCGCUCGCCGCGCGGCCUGGCGUCGGACACGGCAUCGGCGAGGAUGACGACCAAACCGACGAGAAACCUCGGCUCUACUCUCACGAUAUCGCCAUGGAAUCCCUCCACUCUGAUCAAAGACAUCCCGGAAUGUAUGACUCCUACCAAGCCUAUCCGCCUCCACCACCCCUUCACCCCCAGGAACACAACGGAUAUUAUGAUCCAUACUUGGGACCGAGUGCAGCCCAACAGCCCUACCCGGGCACGCUCAACAACUUAGGCUACGACGACCAACCGGGCUACCAACACCGACCACACGACCUGCAUUCACAGCCCUCGCUCGGCUCAUCGGUCGGAAACACGCAUGACCCCCAGGGCCCCCCGCGGCCCGACUCCCGUCAACAGCAGCAACAACAACAACAACAACUAGGCCAUCUCAAUCUUUCCGACCACCAUCUCCAAUACCCUAUUGCUUGGGAUGGGCCCGAAGAUAUCCCCCUCACCGUCGUCAACAACAACAGCCACCACCAACAGCAACAACAACAACAACCGUCUGCUAACUCGGCCCCCCUUCAUAACCCUUACCAUCCCUCCUAA